AAUCAAGCAGGUGGAAGCCAUGGCAAAGGGUGCUGCGGCGACGGCGGCCGCCUGUUUCUCCUCCGCCUCCACAGGCGUCUCUCGCUCUCGUGUCAGGGCGCAGGCGAAGUCGUGGGCCGGAGGGGCAAAGGAGCUGGUGCAGUCCGGCGCCGUGAAGGCCGUCCGGCCGAGGGACGCGGCUGAGGCCAUGAGCGCCGAGGGCUUCCAGCUGCUGGACAUCCGGCCGGCCUGGGAGCACGGCCGCGCCGCUGUUCGGGGUUCUGUCCACGUGCCGCUCUUCAUUUCCGACGACGACAUGAGCCCGGUGACGCUGCUCAAGAAGUGGGUCCACCUGGGCUACAUCGGUCUCUGGACCGGGCAGUCCUUCACCAAGAUGAACGACCGCUUUCUCGACGACGUCGCCGCCGUCGUCCCCGGGAAGGACGCCAAGCUGCUCGUCGCAUGCGGCGAAGGCCUCAGGUCGCUGAUUGCUGUGAGGAUGCUGCACGACGACGGGUACAAGAACGUGGGGUGGCUCGCCGGCGGGUUCAGCAAGUCCGUCGACGGCGACUUCGCCGACGUGGAGGGGGAGAGCAAGCUCCGGUACGCUACCAUUGGGGGAACAUCCUACAUCUUCCUCCAGGUCUUGCUGCUGCUGCGGGUGGUACAGUGAGAAGUUUGGAAUGCAAUGCCAAUAUGCCAUGGCACUCACACUACUCGACUCAGUUAUCCUCUCCUCUCGGCCUUAUGAUUUGCUUUAUUUGCUUGGCUCAAGUAUUGUACUAUGGUAGAUCCAUCAAUAGUUACGAAGUUCUACUCUUUAGGCUGCCCUUCUCGCGCGCCACUGUUCAGUACAUUGGCACCACGAUGGAUCAACCAUGAAGUAGGGCGUGAUUGGUUCCUCACAA